AUGAUUGGUCAUCAUGAACAGAGUAUCCGAAUUCUGUUUGAGAGCAACCACGCCCUGGCACAGCAAGUAUCGCAACUAACCUCCCAAGUGUUUCUGCCCCUACUGUCUCUUCAGUCACCUGUCCCUGCUGCUUCUACUCUGGCUUCGGCCUCUGCUCCCUCCCUGGAGUCUCGGUGUUCAGACCCUGAACCAUACUCUGCCUCUACCACUACAACCAAGCCCUCGUGCGCCCCCAUCUACGCCUCUCCCUGUGGAGGAAUCCAUGCAAUUGGGCCGAGCACGGCUUACACCAGAGGAGCGCCAACAACGACGCCGCCAGGCGGGUUAAAGAAGCCAAGAGAAGACUGGCACAAUACCAACCGGCGGCCUCCGACGCAACGAACCCCCAAAAAGUGGCCACAAAAUAAGAGCCAGACAAAGGAGGAGGAGGUGCCACCUGCAGUGAAGCCGGGGGAUCUGGUCUAUGUGAAAACCUUCCGACGGAAGUGGCAUACUCCACGGAGGGAAGGUCCCUACGAGGUCGUGAACGCGACGUCAACAGCGGUGCAGGUGAAGGGAUCACCGACGUGGUACCACCUAAACCACUGCGUCAAGGCCCCGGCUGACGGCAACGAGGAAAAGACCAUAAAGGAAAAGGAGAAGAAUGACCAUGGCUGCCAAGGCGACGAGUCCUUGGAAGGGGGGAACGAGGAUCCUCGUGGUGCUGGUAAUGACCAUGAUAGUACCGCUGAGUUCCCUGACGUCAUCCUGGUGGAAGGGACAGGAACUCCCACUGGCCGAGAGACAUAG